AUGAGUCAGCACAAGUUCUGGAGAGGAAAUGACCAUGGCCUCUAUUACUGCACUUUUAAAGAAGAUAACUUAAGCUUUAGAAAAAUCACUGGUAUUUCUGCUAUUGACAUAUCAUACCACAAUGAUAUUCUUUAUAUAAUUGAUGUUCAUGGGCGCCUCUAUAAAACAAAUACAAGUCUCAAAAACAAAGAAGAAAUUGUUGUUAAAGAAGAUGCUAAAUGUUGCCCUCAUGGAUUUAAAAGUACUAGCUGUAAAGUAAAAUUUCGAAAUGUAGUCACAAGUGAUUUUGGACAAUUAUUUAUCAGCAGUGAUGGCCAUCUCUGGGGUUCAGGAGUCAUGCCCCAAAUUGCUUUAGAUACUAAUAACAUUAAAAAGGUCCCAUUUUUUGAAGGAAGGACAGUAUACAGUGCGUCUGUAGGCCAAAAUUUUGCUGCUGUGAUAGCAAGGAAGAAUGUUAGACAGUCAGGCAACUGUGAUACUGAUAGUGAAAAUGAUGAUGAGGAAGUAUUUGCUUCUAAUUGCUCACAAUGUCAAACUAUUAUAGGCCUAGCAUCCCCAGCCUCAAUACCUUCAUUAUCUGAAACUUGUCCCCUCGGAGUACAUAUAAGUAAAUCUAGUGAAGAUUCAAGUAGUACAACAGCACCACAGACUGAUGUUCAUGUUGAUGCCCAAAGUUUUACAGAAGAUUCUAGUCCCUCUUCAGAAGAAUCUAAAGUUGCAAAAUGUGAAGCUAUACAAUAUGUCAAUAAUGAAUUAGAAAUAGAUAAUAGCAAUGAUGUUGAAAAUAAUGAAAAUAGUGAAGUAGAGGGUUCUGAAAUUCCCAAUGAAAAUACAGAAAAAAUAAAUAAUAUAUUUAUAAAUACAGAUGCCGCUAGACAAUUUCUAAGUAGGCAACUGUCAUGGGUAUCAGCUGGAGAGGAUUAUUUAGUAGAGUGUACAGAAAAACCUACAAGAAUAAUAAAGGAAAAUGUAUCUAAUCUUACCAAUUUUGUGUAUGAAGGUGUAAAAACAGUUGGUGAUAAAGUGGCUACAUUAUCUAGACAUGUGAGUGGUAGUAGCGAAAACAAUGAAACAGUUGAACUUUUAAAUCGAAAUUUUAAUGAAGAAGUAAAUGACCUUAUGUAUAGUUGCAUCUCAAGUAAAUUUGAAGAUCUUCAGUUUUCUACAAGUACAAUUAGCAGUGAGAAAGAAUUUGAAACAGCAAGAAAAAAUGAAAACUUAAAAAAUAUGUCUAAACUUGGUAAGAACAUAUUAGCCACAGAAUUGUGGACUUGGGGUGAUAUAUCACAUGGGCAACUAGGUAUAGGAGAUACAGUGAAAAGAAUUAAACCAAUGAUAGUUAUGAGUUUGUCCGGUUUUGGCUUGCAAAAGGUUUCCUGUGGAAAAUGGCACUGUACAGCCCUAACUUUAGAUGGUCGACUUUUUAUGUGGGGAUACAAUCAUUUUAAUCAAGUCACCUUUGAUUCUCGAGAAGAUAAGAGCAGUCCAAAACAAUUUACUGAAAAUUCUGAAAGUGAUCGCAUUAGAGACAUGAUAGCUACAGAUAACCAUACUCUUACUUACACUCAAAAUGAGAAUAUUUUCUACAUGGGGAAGCAUACAGAUGGUUUUACAGAGAGUGUUGUCAAUUUAAAUAAAAAAACAGAUGAAGAGGCCAACCAAAGCCAUAACGAUGAAACAAUUAUUAGUGACAUUCAAAACUAUGGCAAUAAACCUGAAAAUUUGUGCUAUCAUUGGAGGGUAUUAUCUUCAGGCAAUAUUAGUUAUUGUUCCGUUGAGGAGUCUACAAUUUGUCCAGAGUUCCAAAACUUGUCAAUUGCUCAAAGAUAUCUAGAAGAAUUGCUUCUUAUAUAUCAUUCACUAGUUAAGCCUUUUCUUAAGAAAAGUAAAGCAAUAGUUUCACAUUCCAAUGUGUAUGAAAUGGUUUGUGAUAUUUUCGGUGACAUUUUAAAUGUUACCGCUUUGAACGUUCUAUCGACUUGGCAAUAUGCUGAGAAGCAUAUAAAUGAAUGUGAUAUUUCUUUAAUAAAAAAUUUAGAAGAGUAUAUUUUUUUGUAUAAAAAGUAUUACAUAGCUAUAAGCAAUUUGAUUGUUAUUGGUGGAUUCUCUCACAUAAACAACAUUGUUGAUGUUCCAUCAAGUAUAUACAAUUUAUUUAGUGAUCAAUUACCUACUAAUAAGCAAAAAAAUAAUAAGAAAACAUUAGAAGCAGUAGUGGCGUUAGCUUUCGUGCAGCCCUUAACGCGAUUGAGCUCAUACAAAUGUAUAUCACAGUCACUUCUGCGACAUAGAAUGAAAAGAAAAAAGACUGAUUCCAGAUCAAAUGUUGAAGAAAAAAUUGGUAAAGUCAUAUCAUCUCUAGAUACAUUAAUUGAGGAGCAAGAGAAGAAAAGAAAAGAAGCUGAUGUUACAAAGUUAUUUUGGGAAACUAUAGGAAAAAGUUUGGAUCAGUAUAGAACACCAGAAAGACGGUUAAUAAGAGAAUCUAAAUCUCGUCCCUUGAAUUUAAUAAAUCCCGGUAGAUUUAGUAGCCAUUGGUUUGUACUUUUCAAUGACUUAUUCGUCCACAUAAGUGGUAAUACACCAAGCGUCCAUCCAUUACAGACUUUAUGGGUUGAGACCGUCCCUAACACUGACUCUGUACAAAAUGCUAUACAUCUUACAACUCCAGAGGAGAUAAUAUGUGUAACAACUACUUCAGAGGAAGAGAAAACUGAAUGGAUACACUGUUUAAAUUCUUCAAUUCGAACAGUUUUGAACAAAGAAUCGUCGUUUAAACCUCCAGCCGUACGAACUGCUAGUUACACGUUUUCAAAUAAAAAUUCAUUCUACAAAGAAGCCACAUACACCGGAAGAUGGUUAGAUGGUAAAAUUCAUGGAAAUGGUAAAAUUGAGUGGCCAGAAGGAAAGUUUUACGUUGGGCAAUUUCAACUAAACACUUUGUGUGGUCAUGGUAAAAUGGAAAUUCCUGGUAUAGGAUUAUACGAAGGCCAAUGGAAAGACAAUCUGCAAAACGGUUACGGUGUUAUGAAAUAUACUUCAGGAGAUAUUUACGAGGGUUAUUUCAAAGAUGGUCAUCCACAUGGCCAUGGUAUAAAAAAACAAGGGGAUUUUACUUCUUCGACAGCGACUAUAUACACUGGAGAGUGGGUCUCAGGUGUCAAACAAGGUUACGGGGUCAUGGAUGAUAUUGGAAAAGGUGAAAAAUAUCUCGGGAACUGGUCAGAUAACAAAAAACAUGGCUGCGGUCUAAUCGUAACCUUAGAUGGCAUUUACUAUGAAGGAUUGUUUACACAAGAUGUUUUAACAGGUCACGGUGUUAUGGUAUUUGAAGAUGGAACGCAUUAUGAAGGUGAAUUUAGAUCAGCAGGUGUAUUUUCUGGGAAAGGCGUUCUCACAUUUUCAAGCGGUGACCGAGUUGAGGGUUCCUUAAACGGUGCUUGGACUGAAGGCGUGAAAAUAUCUAAUGGAGUGAUGCACCUCAAUGUAUCUAAUCCAGCACCGCCAGCUAAUUCGAAGCCUAACUCAUUUGGAAAGCUAAGUGUCGCCCCAAACAAUAAGUGGAAUGCAAUAUUUCGACAAUGUUUCCAAAGCAUGGGUGUUUCUGAAACCGUCCUCACUCCGAAUGGCAAUCAUUUUGUAAACGGUACAUCUAAUAUAGAAAACGUAAAAAUAUGGCAAAAUGUUGCAGUUGCUAUAUCUUGUUCUCAUAAAGAGAAACAUACGAAACUCAGUGUUAAAAAAUCCAAUGCUUUGGAGUUAGAGAAAUCAGUGGAUUGCUUAGAGGUUAUACCCAAAUUUGGUCAAAAUACGCUUACUUUAAAUGAUUAUACGGAAUUAAAACAGUAUUUAUAUAAUGCAUGUGAAUCCACACAUCACCCUCUCGGACAAUUGGUUCUCAGUCUCACGAACGCAUUUAACACGACGUACGGCGGGGUCAGGGUCCAUCCCUUACUACUGAGCCAUGCUGUGAAGGAACUGAAGAGUAUUACAUCCAGAUUGUACCAAGUUGUAAGGCUUUUGUUUCCCGCCUUGCCCACAGAAGGUACGGAUGUAGUGCUGUCGCUUAAUAGUAAAGAAGACGGUGAUGAUGUCGAAGAUAGCAAUCCUAUUGAUGGUGAGGUGGUGUCGGCGGCGUCGCUGCUGCAGCCGGCGCUGCUGCCGCGCGCGCACCCCGCGCUCUUCGUGCUGUACGCGCUGCACAACAAGCGCGAGGACGACCUCUACUGGCGGCGCCUGCUCAAGUGGAACAAGCAGCCGGACAUCACGCUCAUGGCCUUCUUGGGGAUUGAUCAAAAAUUUUGGUCAACUCCUAGUAUAAACCCUCAAACAUCACCAACAUUUUCUCCAAAAAAAGAGCAAUUAUUCAACGAGUCAGUGGAAACCCUGCAACAACUGAAGACCACCUUUUCUCCCAUUGAGAAAUUACUUGUUAUAAGGAGCACAUUCCAGAAAAUGACGACCGCAGUACAGCUGGAGUUAGGGCAACAUUACCUGUGGAGUAUGGACGAACUGUUCCCAGUGUUCCACUUCGUAGUUGUCAGAGCUCGUAUAUUACAACUCGGCUCUGAAAUACAUUUCGUAGAAGACUUCCUAGAGCCCGGGAUGCAGCACGGCGAGUUGGGUCUUAUGUUCACUACAUUAAAGGCCUGUUAUUUUCAAAUUCUUCAAGAGAAGAUGUCCAUCAAUUCG